AUGCUGCCAUCAUCAGCUCGGAAGGAGAGAGAUCCGGACCCGGCCUUUGAUCGUCAAAGGGAACAUAAGCGUACUCGAAUAGACGCCCCGGUCUCUGCAGCUGAUCUGUAUGAGCAAUACAUUUCUACAGACCGACUUCAUGACGAUGAGGCAGGAUGUGAUGAAGCCAUUGCUUACUGGUUGUCCCGCUAUGACUCGCAGAGAGACCUUGCUCGCUUCGCUCUGGACAUGUUUGCCAUCUCACCUAUGUCGGAUGAGUGCGAACGUCUUUUUAGUAGUGCCAAGCUUACUGUUCUUGAUCGCCGUGGCAGGCUGAAGGCUGAUAUUAUUGAGGCGUGUGAGUGUCUAAGGGCCUGGUUUGGAAAGCCAGAGGUUGAGAACGAUAGUGAGAGCGAGGACGGUAGGAAUGACGACGAUAGAUUCAGCGUAUCGCAGAUGUAA